AUGCCUUGUCAUGGCUCAACAAAAAGUAAAUCAGCAGAAGAAUGGAUAGAACUAGGUGAUAAAGAUUUUAGAAAUCGAGAAUAUCAACAGGCAAUUUCCAAAUAUACGAAUGCGUUAGAGGUGGAUAGAGAAAACAAGAGAGCACUCUUAAAGAGGGCUGAAACCUAUCAAUUAAUGAAAAAGUUUAUCUUUGCUCUUUCCGAUGUGGAUGCUUUGCUUCGUAUUCAAUCUGAUCACACCCAAGCGUUAUCUAUGAAAGGACAAUUGGCUUUAUCACUUGGUUUAUUUGAGGAUGCAAUUUCUGCACUAGAAACUCUAAUUUCUUUGAAACCAAGCAAUGAAGCAACAGAGAAAUUGAGAAAGGCAAAACUCGGAAAAUCAUUGUAUAAGACACUCAUCAAAAUCCUGACGGAGGUGGGAGCAAGAGAGAGUUUAAACUUACUGAUUCAACGUGCUCAUUGUGCAUUGAGAGCAAAAUUAUUCCCAAUUUUAACUCAAGAUAUUAAGACUAUUUAUGCAAAGGAAAGUUCAAACGUCGAGGCUACCAUUCUCUACACAAAAUAUUUAUAUCUAUUGGGAGACAUUUCAAAUGCUAAAAACACAAUCAAAAAUAAGUGUCUCAGAGUAGAUCCUGAACACAAAGUGUGCAAAGAGUUGUUCAAACUUCUCAAGCAAGCAGAAAGCCUUCAUGAAAAAGCAACUUCCGAUUUUUCAAGUGGAAAUCAUAAGCAAGCGGUGAAUAGCUUUAAGGCAUACAUUGAUCUCAUGGAAGACAAGGAUUCCAAGAACAUUUUACCUGGUGUCGAUUUGACAGACACUAAAGUCAAAUUGUGUGAAUCAUACAGUGAAGCACAAGAUCACACCAUCGCUGACGAUGGUAUUAAAUAUUGUACCACCCUUAUUGAUUCUCUUGGUGAUGAAAACUCAGAAUAUAAGGUGGCAUGCCUCAUGUCAAGAGCACAACUUCAUGUUCUGCAGGAGGAUUUCGACAAAGCAAAGAGUGACGCAAACAGAGUGAGAGAAUCAGAACAUGCCAGCAAGUAUCAACAAAAGAUCCAACAAAUUUUGGGCAGAGUUCAACAACAAGAGCGUAUUAACUCCCAAAAGACUACUAUAAGGCCCUUGGGUUUGAUCGAAAGAAGAAGAAUGAAGUCACUCAAGAUGACAUUCAACAUUCUAAUUACGGGUUGCUCAAAGGGAAUUGGCUUGAAAUUAGUCGAACUUUUACUUUCCUCCAAUGAUCAACGUCGAGUUUUUGCAACCUGUAGAAAUCCAGAACAUGCCACACAAUUACAAAAUUUAUUACAAUUAUAUCCUGAUCGAUUGAGAAUUGAUCCUCUCGACGUCUCACAAGAAGAAACCAUCAAAACCUAUGUGGAAAAGAUGAAAAACCAAGUGAAAUUUCACAUUCUUAUUAAUAAUGCAGGAACAUUUAGUCCGAAUCGAUUUGAAACAUUGCUCAAUGCCACCAAACAAGACAUGCUUUCUAUAUAUGAAACAAAUUGCAUUGGACCUCUAUUGAUGGUUCAACACUUGUAUAAUAAUAAUUGUUUUGAAAAUGGAGCUAUUGUGGCAAAUGUAUCAAGUGGAAUGGCGAGCAUUAAUAGAACCAAUCGACCCAGGAAGAGAGUGAGUUAUUGUUGCUCAAAAACAGCACUUAACAUGUUAACAAAGAUGAUGAGUAUUGAGUUGGAGGAAAUGUAUAUGCUUUUUCAAUUCAUCCUGGUUGGGUAA